UGAGCCGAGCGGGCGGGGCGGAUGGGCCCGGCCCGGCCCCGCAUUGGCGCAGCAGCCCCGGCGCUAACGCGGAGGCGGUGCCGGGCGCGGCGCAGCGCGGGGGAUGCUGCGGGCGGGGGCCGCCGCCGCUCAGCCCCGGUGCCGGUCCCGGGCCGGAGGGCGCCCGCUGAGCCCGGCCCGGCCAUGGGGGCUCUGACCAGCCGACAAAACGCAGGGGUGGAGGAGGUGGACGUCCCCGCUAAUUCCGUCUAUAGGUACCCCCCGAAAUCCGGGAGCUACUUUGCCAACCACUUCAUCAUGGGAGGCGAGAAGUUCGACUCGACGCACCCCGAGGGUUACCUCUUCGGCGAGAACAGCGACCUCAACUUCUUGGGGAACCGGCCCGUGGUGUUCCCUUACGCUGCUCCACCUCCUCAGGAACCCGUGAAGACCCUCCGGAGCCUGAUCAACAUCCGCAAGGACACGCUGCGCCUCGUCAAGUGUUCGGAGGAGGUGAAGACCCCAGGGGAAGAGGUCAGCAAAGCCAAGGUGCACUACAAUGUGGAGUUCACCUUUGACACAGAUGCCCGCGUGGCCAUAACCAUCUACUACCAGGCCAGUGAGGAGUUCCACAACGGGGUGGCGAGCUACGUCCCCAGGGACACCAGCCUGCAGUCGGAGACAGUGCACUACAAGCGGGGUGUGUGCCAGCAGUUCUGUGUGCCCUCCCACACUGUUGACCCCUCUGAAUGGACCGAGGAGGAGCUGGGCUUUGACCUGGACCGGGAAGUGUUCCCUAUGGUGGUACAUGCAGUGGUGGAUGAAGGCGAUGAGCACGCCGGGCACAGCCACGUGCUGCUGGCAACCUUUGAGAAGCAUGCUGAUGGCACUUUCUGCGUGAAGCCCCUCAAGCAGAAGCAAGUGGUGGACGGGGUGAGCUACCUCUUACAGGAGAUCUAUGGCAUCGAGAACAAGUACAACACACAGGACUCCAAGGUCGCUGAGGAUGAGGUGAGCGAUAACAGCGCUGAGUGCGUCGUCUGCCUCUCGGAUGUCCGCGACACCCUCAUCCUGCCCUGCCGCCACCUCUGCCUCUGCAACACCUGUGCUGACACCCUGCGCUACCAGGCCAACAACUGCCCCAUCUGCAGGCUGCCUUUCCGAGCCUUGCUUCAAAUCCGAGCCAUGAGGAAAAAGCUGGGGCCCCUCUCACCCACCAGCUUCAACCCCAUCAUCUCCUCACAGACCUCUGACUCUGAAGAGCACUCGGUCAGCGCUCAGGAGAGCUUCGGGUGCCCCACCGGGUCCUCAGAGAACAUCCCCCCAGGCUACGAGGUGGUGUCGCUGCUUGAGGCCCUCAAUGGGCCACUGACGCCCUCGCCGGGUGCAGGGCCGAUGCGGAUGCUUGGGGAGGGCCCCCCCGGUGCAGGACCACUGCCCUCCUACAGCAGUACCGGCCGCCUGCCCCCCCUGCGGGCCCUCUCACCCCUUGAGCGGCUCUCAGAAUGUGCCCCACCAGGGCUCAAGCUGAAGAAAAGCCUCUCUAAGUCGGUAUCCCAGAACUCCUCCAUCCUGCCCGAAGAGGAGGAUGAGAAGUCGUGUACUGAGUCAGAGCCGAGGGUCUCCAGGAGGAAAUCCCCUGCCCGGCUGGAGGAGGAGUGUGGCAUGACACCAGAGAGCGAGAACCUCACGCUGUCUUCAUCAGGAGCCAUUGACCAGUCCUCGUGCACCGGGACCCCGCUGUCCUCCACCAUCUCGUCUCCAGAAGAAGCUGCCAGCAGCAGCCUGGCCCAGUCUGUCAUGUCCAUGGCAUCCUCCCAGAGCCAACACUCACAGAUCAGCACCGACACCGUCUCUUCCAUGUCUGGCUCCUACGUGGCCCCUGGCACAGAGGAAGAAGGGGACAUGCUCCCCUCGCCUGCAGCCGCCAGUGCCACCGCCUCUGAUGGAGAGUCGACACCUGUGGAGUCCCCAGAUUUAAACUUUGUCAGCAUCUCAGCUGAGGAGCACGAUGCUGAGGGCAAUGACGUGCUGGAGGAUGAGGAUGUGUCACCCACACAGGAAGAUGGCCCGAGGACAGGCGCUUUCCUCGGUCUGAGGUGUGACAAUAACAAUGACUUGGGCAUCGCACACGUGAAAGCGCUGGACAAUAAGCUGUGCUCUGAGGCCUGCUUACCUGCUGCAGUGCCGGACUCCUGCCCCAUUGACAUUGAGGAAUAGGCCCAGAGGCAGCCAACACCAAUGUGUGGCUCUCGUGCUCCCCCCGGCACCAGCCACCCGGAGCAGGCAGCAGCCACGGGAGCACUGCCCGUGGGUGGGCUCAGCCUGGGGGACACGCAGCCCCCCCCUGCCAUACACAGAGAGUCCCGGGCACUGCCACCUCCACCUUCGGCCAUUGGAAUGAUGGUAACCUCGAAUUUUCCUCCCUGUCCCCCACUGCAGGACAGCCGGGUGCCGCGUCACCUCGGAGCCCCUCCGUCAGCACCUUCCCUUCCCCUUUCCACACCGAGCUUGGGCUGGGGUCCUCCUCCUGCCCCGCGUGGGGUCUUGGGGCAGAGCCAGAGGGGAACGAUGGCAGGAAAGCGCCCACAGAUGGGAGUUAAGGAUGAGUGUCAGCAUUAGCAGCCAAGGUUCACUCUGGUGACCGUGGGGGGGGGGGGGGGGGCUGGACCCCCCCGGGAUGCUGACACGUCCCCGGGCCACGCCGUGGGCUGUCCCCAUUGGUGGAGAUGGAGCUCCCCCCCGUCCCUCCUCUCCUCCUGGGCAGCGUGUGGGUUCCCGCAGGGUGUCUGGUGCCCAGGGAUGGGGUGCGUGGCAGGGGACCUCGUCCCCCCCGGCACCGCCCGGGGCAUCACCGGUUUAACUUCACUGUCUUCCACCACGCCGUGAGCUCAGGGCUCGGGGCUGUGCCCUCUGUCUGGAACAAGUGCCAAAAUCGUCCCGCAGUCGCCCUGCCCCGCUCUGACCAUCACAUCGAGUAGCGGGGAUGGACAGAGGGGACCGCAGCUGCCCCCGCCCCCCUCCAUCGCCAUCCCUGCAGCCGGCGCUGGGCUGCGCACGUGGCUUUUGCUCUAUGGGCACGCGGGGCCCGGAGGGGCGCAGGGAUGGCAGCCACACACCUGGGGGGGACCUCAGCAUCCCGACGCGGCCCGCUCAGCUCAGGAGCUGUCUGUGUCUAUGGGGUGUCUAUGGGGAGAGGGGGGGGGGCAGCCAUUGCUGCGGAGGGUCCUGGCAGGUGAGCGGGGGGGGGUUUUGUGGCUGCACCCCCCGGUGUGGGGUGGGGGGCAGCAGCCCCUAUUCCCGCAGGGCAGCCCUCCUCCCGGCGGGGAUAGAAGGAAGGAAAACCAGACCGAUCGCCGCUUCCGACUCUGCUUCCAGCAUGUCAUGGGUUUGAAGAGUACGUUUAAUAAAGGGUAUCUGACGUCCAUACAAA